CACGGAACUUCUUAUUUAAAUCAAAAAGUUUUAGAAUCUUUUAAUCUCACGACUCACGCAGACAAAUGUCUCGUAAAUUAAUCUAUAGAAACAGAGCUCUCUGUUUUGUCUUAAUCUUGUUCUCUUUCCCUUACCGGUUUGCCGCUAGAAACCUGCCGGAGGCGGGAGAAUCCACAGCAAAAGCAACUCAAAUAAUCCACGUCAGUAAUUCCACGUGGCAUGAUUUCUCUCGUCUUGUAGAUGUCCAGAUAGGUAGCCACGUCAACGGCGUAUCAGAGCUCAAAAGAUACCUCCACCGAUUCGGUUACGUCAAUGAUGGCUCGGAAGGUUUCUCGGACGUGUUCGAUGGUCCGCUCGAAUCGGCAAUCUCUCUGUACCAAGAAAAUCUUGGUUUACCGAUAACCGGAAGACUCGACACGAGUACCGUCAGUCUCAUGUCUUUACCGCGAUGUGGCGUUAGCGAUACACACAUGAUCAUCAACAACGAUGUCCUCCACACAACGGCGCAUUAUACGUAUUUUAACGGUAAACCGAAAUGGAACCGUGACACGCUAACUUACGCUAUCUCGAAAACACAUAAACUCGAUUACUUGACGUCAGAAGACGUCAAAACCGUUUUUCGGCGAGCUUUUUCGCAGUGGUCAAGCGUGAUUCCGGUGAGUUUCGAGGAAGUUGAUGAUUUCACGACGGCGGAUUUAAAGAUAGGGUUCUACGCCGGUGAUCACGGUGACGGGCUUCCGUUUGACGGAGUUCUCGGGACUUUAGCACACGCUUUUGCGCCGGAAAACGGGAGGCUUCACCUCGACGCGGCGGAGACAUGGGUCGUCGAUGAUGACUUUAAAGGAUCUUCCGAGGUGGCCGUUGACUUGGAGUCUGUGGCAACUCAUGAGAUUGGUCACUUGUUGGGAUUAGGACAUAGCUCGCAGGAGUCGGCGGUUAUGUAUCCGAGUCUCCGGCCGAGGACCAAGAAAGUUGACCUUACGGUUGAUGACGUGGCAGGUGUACUUAAGCUAUAUGGUGCGAAUCCUAAACUACGGUUGGAUUCACUGACGCAGUCGGAAGAUUCUAUUAAAAACGGCACAGCACGAAGAUUCUUGUCGGGGAAUUUUAUCGCAAUGCCGUCGAGUUUCUUCUUUGAGGAUGCUAGUGACGACGAGCUCGAAUUACUACGCAAUCAAGAGGAUAGUAGUGAGGAAGAUGUAGAGGAAGACGAAGUAGAAGAGCAUAAAUCUGGAGAAGACGAAGAUGGAGAAGAGGAAGAUGAAGAUGAAGACGACGAAGAAGAAGAAGAUGAGAAGCGGAAACGAGAUGCUGAUGCUCAAUCUCCUUGGGAUUUUGCAUCUUAUUCAAGCUCCGUUGGUGAAGAACACGCCCGCCGUCACACAACGUCUAUUGAUGAAAAGAUCUCUAAAGCUAUUCAGCAUCGUCCAGUUCCCAUUUCACUAGAGGAAGAGGAAGAAGAAGAGGAAGAAGAAGAUGCCUCCGAUGCUGAACCUGACAAACAAGAGGAGUAUCUUUCGGAAGACGAUGAGGCAGCUGAGUACAAACCAGAAGAUGCUAUUCACAAGCCGUUUUUCUCUACAGUUGAUGGAGUUUCAUUUCAUGCUGAUUCUUUCAUGGAGCUUAAUCUCUCUCGUCCAUUGCUUCGAGCUUGUGAAACCCUCGGUUACAAGAAACCUACUCCGAUUCAGGCAGCUUGUAUACCUUUAGCACUUACAGGGCGUGAUCUUUGUGCCAGUGCCAUCACUGGAUCAGGGAAGACUGCUGCAUUCGCUUUACCUACUCUUGAGAGGUUGCUGUUCCGUCCCAAGCGUGUCUUUGCUACUAGAGUUCUUAUUCUCACUCCGACCAGGGAGUUGGCGGUCCAGAUUCACAGUAUGAUUCAGAAGCUUGCACAAUUUACUGAUAUCAAGUGUGGAUUGAUUGUAGGAGGGCUUUCUGUAAGGGAGCAAGAGGUGGUUCUGAGGUCUAUGCCAGAUAUUGUUGUGGCGACUCCUGGGCGUAUGAUAGAUCAUUUGCGUAAUUCUAUGUCUGUUGAUUUGGAUGACCUAGCGGUUUUAAUCCUCGAUGAGGCAGACCGCCUUCUACAGACUGGGUUUGCCACUGAAAUAACAGAGCUGGUUCGCUUAUGUCCCAAGAGAAGGCAGACAAUGCUCUUCUCAGCCACAAUGACUGAAGAAGUCAAAGAACUAGUCAAACUUUCCUUGAACAAACCGUUGCGGCUCUCAGCUGAUCCAUCAGCUAGAAGGCCACCAGGCUUGACCGAGGAGGUGGUAAGAAUACGCAGGACUCGUGAGGCUAAUCAGGAAGCUGUUCUUCUAUCGUUGUGCACAAGAACUUUUAAAUCAAAAGUCAUUAUCUUUAGUGGAACAAAACAAGCUGCACAUAGACUGAAAAUUUUAUUCGGAUUAGCUGGCCUCAAAGCAGCUGAGCUUCAUGGAAACCUAACUCAAGCGCAACGUCUUGAUUCUUUGGAACUUUUCAGAAAGCAAGAGGUUGAUUUUCUCAUUGCUACUGAUGUAGCUGCUCGAGGACUUGACAUCAUUGGUGUUCAAACAGUUAUAAAUUAUGCUUGUCCUCGGGAAAUAGACAGUUAUGUUCACAGAGUUGGUAGAACAGCUAGGGCUGGAAGGGAAGGUUAUGCUGUUACGUUUGUGACUGAUAGUGACCGAUCCCUUUUGAAAGUUAUUGCAAAGAAGGUGGGUUCAAAGUUGAAGAGCCGAGUCAUCCCAGAGCAGUCAAUCGUCAAGUGGUCUCAGAUAAUCGAUGAAAUGGAAGAUCAGUAUUCCGCUGUUAUUUCAGCAGAGAGGGAUGAGCGAGCUCUAAGGAAAGCUGAAAUGGAAUUUGCAAAGGCGGAGAACAUGCUUGAGCACAGAGAUGAAAUAUAUGCGCGCCCAAAAAGAACUUGGUUCAUGACAGAGAAAGAGAAGAAGCUCGUGGCACAGGCUGAAAAGGAUUCUGCAGGGAACCCUUCUGGAGGCGAACUAGUUAGUGCUGAUAGAGCAGAGGACCUCAAGAUGAAGGAGAAGAGAAAACGUGAACGCGAGAAGAAUCUUCCUAGGAAAAAACGUAGAAAGCUAGAAGCUGCCAGAGAAAUGCUAGAAGAUGGUGAAGGAGAAGAAGACGAAGAAGAAGGAGACGAAAAGCGAGGAAGAUCAAGAGGGAAAGACAAAAAAAAACAAGAGACAGAGAAGAAGGGAUUGACACUAAAGGAUCUUGGUUACAUGAGAGCAAAAGCGGUGAAAGCAAAACAGAGAGCAAUUGAUUCCGGUAAGAUGGAGAGACCAACGCCGAACAAGAAACCAAACCGGAGUAAACCAAGAAACCAGCCUCGUGAUGAAGAGAUGAAAGAUCUGUUCAAGAGUGAUAUGAGCGAGAAGAAACAAGGCAGAGGCGGUGCCGCGGCUGCAGCAAAACCUAGGACGAAGUCGAAGAACUCGUUCAAGAGCAAAGCCCGAUAUAAGCGUAGAGAGACGUUAAAAGAAGUAGGAAUAAUCGGAGGAUUAGCCGGAGCUCAGGUGAUCUACGCCGGAAACUCGGAGCUACUGAGUCAGUUGUUGUCUCUUGGCAUUGACCCUCUUCUUAUUGGAAUCCUCUGCACCUUUGCAUCAUUUCUUCUCAUCACUCCCUUUGCUUUUCUCCUUGAAAGGAAGCUUUGGCCUACAAGUCUAAGUUUCAAGUUGAAGAUAAAACUGGUUUUGGUUGCUCUUGCUGGAGUGUCUCUGUUCCAGUGGUUAUACUUAGAAGGAAUGAAACAUACCUCUGCAUCAAUGGCUACAGCUAUGCCUAAUCUCUGCCCUGCUUUCAUUUUUGUCAUUGCUUGGGCUGCUGGGAUGGAGAAAGUGAAGCUAAGUUGUAUGUACAGUAGAGUUAAGAUGGGAGGGACAGUUUUGUGUGUGAUGGGAGCUUUCAUUAUGAGCUUAAUGCAUAGUACUACCGCCACUUCUAGCUCGGUCAAGACUAUGCCUAUUCUCCCUGACGAAGUCGUUGUGGACAAGGACAAGAUCUUAGGUUGCCUCUAUCUCCUCCUCGCCAUCUGCGGCUUGUCUUCUAGUAUUGUCCUUCAGGCAUCCAUACUAGCUGAGUUUCCGGCACCUAUAUCGAUGUUCUCAAUGGUAUCUUUGAUGGGUGGGAUCACCACGGUAGCUUUGCAGUAUACUCUUAAGGGAAGUAUGGAAAUGGGAAGUGCAUCAGUAAUCGGUCUCGGCCACCUUGUGGGAUACGCAAUACUGGGAGGGUUGGUGAGUGGAGGAGGGUUAAGCUUCAAUGCAUGGGUGAUUAAGAGGAAAGGACCAGUGAUUGUGUCUCUCUUUAGUCCAAUUGCUACUGUGGUUUGUGUUGUUGUCUCUGCUUUCACCAUGGAAGAGAGUUUCAACCUAGGAAGCUUUGCGGGAAUGGCGUUGAUGUUCGGAGGACUCUACUUCGUUCUAUGGGCUAAAGGGAAAGAGGAUUGUGAAGAAAUAGAUGAAAUAAAACAAGAUGAUGAAGAAAGUUUGCUUAGAACAGAUUUUGAUCUUCAGAAGCCUCUAUUGCUUUAGUUCAAAGUCUAAUUUUUCUUAAUGUUCUUGUGAAUUUAGUUUAGGUUUAAAGAAGUAAGAUCAAUUUUUACUUUACAGAUAAUACAAUUAUAUAUACAUG